CAGGGUGCUCUGAAGAUGCAUCUGCGCAUACAUAGUGGGGAGAAGCCGUUUUGUUGUGAUGUAUGUAAAAAGUCAUUCAGUACGCAGGGUAAUCUGAUGACGCAUCUGCGCAUACAUUGUGGGGAGAAACCGUUUUGUUGUGAUGUAUGUAAAAAGUCAUUCAGUCAGCAGUGUAGUCUGAAGACGCAUCAGCGCAUACAUAGUGGGGAGAAGCCGUUUUGUUGUGAUGUAUGUAAAAAGUCAUUCAGUAUGCAGGGUAAUCUGAAGACGCAUCAGCGCAUACAUAGUGGGGAGAAGCCGUUUUGUUGUGAUGUAUGUAAAAAGUCAUUCAGUAUGCAGGGUAAUCUGAAGACGCAUCAGCGCAUACAUAGUGGGGAGAAGCCGUUUUGUUGUGAUGUAUGUAAAAAGUCAUUCAGUAUGCAGGGUAAUCUGAAGACGCAUCAGCGCAUACAUAGUGGGGAGAAGCCGUUUUGUUGUGAUGUAUGUAAAAAGUCAUUCAGUAUGCAGGGUAAUCUGAAGACGCAUCAGCGCAUACAUAGUGGGGAGAAGCCGUUUUGUUGUGAUGUAUGUAAAAAGUCAUUCAGUAUGCAGGGUAAUCUGAAGACGCAUCUGCGCAUACAUAGUGGGGAGAAGCCGUUUUGUUGUGAUGUAUGUAAAAAGUCAUUCAGUAUGCAGGGUAAUCUGAAGACGCAUCUGCGCAUACAUAGUGGGGAGAAGCCGUUUUGUUGUGAUGUAUGUAAAAAGUCAUUCAGUACGCAGGUUAAUCUGAAGAUGCAUCUGCGCAUACAUAGUGGGGAGAAGCCGUUUUGUUGUGAUGUAUGUAAAAAGUCAUUCAGUAUGCAGGGUAAUCUGAAGACGCAUCUGCGCAUACAUAGUGGGGAGAAGCCGUUUUGUUGUGAUGUAUGUAAAAAGUCAUUCAGUCAGCAGUGUAGUCUGAAGACACAUCAGCGCAUACAUAGUGGGGAGAAGCCGUUUUGUUGUGAUGUAUGUAAAAAGUCGUUCAGUAUGCGGAGUAGUCUGAAGAAACACAAGCGCUUACAUGUUCAUGUAGCAGUAAAUCAUAGAACAGUUGAGAUGGGUGUAGUCUAAAGGAACAGUAUGCGACUUGUAGCAUGCAACAGUUUCUCAUGUUGUAAGUAAGACAGUUUUACUGUGUGUGGCAUAUAGAAUGCUACAAUAUAUUGGAGCUGUUUGCUGUUGCUAACCUUUUGAAUUGAUGGGAAAUGAAUUGAGUCCCAUGGUACAAAACAUCUGUGCAAAUUAGUUCCAUUUGAUUCUGAUUGCUGAAUGUGUGCAAUGCCCUGUCUUUUUGAGUGGAAACAGACAAGACACGAUAUGACACUCUCCUGCAGUUACGAUAUUAAUUCAGCACUGGAAGCGAAUAAUUAGUAGAGUGUAUCACUGAAAUGGAUCGAAAGCUUAUAAACAUAAUUUAGCAGCAUCAUAUGUAUUUUGCUGUAUGUUAUCUGUACCCGUCUGCCAUUUCAUGUGAGUAAAUUCGUUGAACAGUUAGUUUCAGAUUGAUAUAUCGCUUGGAUUGAGUAUAUUGAAAUAACUGUUAUGGAUUGGUCAGAUGAAUACAAACUAUGCUAUGUUGGACAUUGCAGAUGAGAUAUCUGUUUGCAGGAUACUUGGUAUAUUGAUUAUAAAAAGAAAGUUAAAUGAA